CUGCUGUUUACCGCGGCGCGGCGCCUGGUAGCCCAGAGUUCUGCGCCGCGUCCGCCGCCCUUAAAGGGCCCGCGUCCGGGAAGCCUCCGGGCCAGGACCGCCGCCGCCUCCGCUCUCCCGGCGCGAGCGGACGCCGGGUCUCCGGCCGGGCUGGGCCGGGCCGGGGUUGCGGGUCGCGGUGCCGCCCACGCGAGCUGGGGUCCGCGUGAGGCCCAGGAGCGGCUCCAGGGAGGGGACGCGUCCUAUCUCAGGCCGGGGUUAAAGUUCUGGUCCCGGUGAGAUGCUGGAAGCUGCUGCGGCAGCCGCAACGCGCCCGGUCGCCGUCCUGUCGCCAGUCCCCGUCGCCCCGGGCCAUGUUCGCCCGGCGUCUGCCCUUGUGCGUGCUCCUGGUGGUCGCGGUCGAGAGCCACCUGGGGGCUCUGGGGCCCAAGAACGUCUCGCAGAAAGACGCGGAGUUUGAGCGCACCUACGCGGACGACGUCAACAGCGAGCUGCUCAACAUCUACACCUUCAACCACACGGUGACCCGCAACCGGACUGAGGGCGUGCGAGUGUCUGUCAAUGUCCUGAACAAGCAGAAAGGGGCGCCUUUGCUGUUCGUUGUCCGCCAGAAAGAGGCCGUUGUGUCCUUCCAGGUGCCCCUAAUCCUGCGAGGGCUGUAUCAGCGUAAGUACCUCUACCAAAAAGUUGAACGAACGCUGUGUCAGCCCCCCACCAAGAAUGAGUCUGAGGUCCAGUUUUUCUAUGUGGACGUGUCCACCUUGUCACCAGUCAACACCUCUUACCAGCUCCGGGUCAACCGUGUGGACAGUUUUGUACUCAGGACUGGUGAACCGUUUACCUUCAAUACCACUGCAGCUCAGCCCCAGUACUUCAAAUAUGAGUUUCCCGAUGGUGUGGACUCUGUCAUUGUCAAGGUAACUUCUAAGAAGGCCUUCCCUUGUUCAGUCAUCUCCAUCCAGGAUGUCCUGUGUCCUGUCUAUGAUCUAGACAACAACGUGGCUUUCAUCGGCAUGUACCAGACUAUGACUAAGAAGGCAGCCAUUACUGUGCAGCGUAAAGACUUCCCCAGCAACAGCUUUUAUGUGGUAGUUGUGGUGAAGACCGAGGACCAGGCCUGUGGGGGCUCCUUGCCCUUCUACCCUUUUGUGGAAGAUGAGCCAGUGGAUCAGGGGCAUCGUCAGAAAACCCUAUCAGUACUGGUGUCUCGAGCUGUCACAUCUGAGGCCUACGUUGGUGGGAUGCUCUUUUGCCUGGGCAUAUUUCUCUCCUUCUACCUGCUGACUGUGCUCCUGGCCUGUUGGGAGAACUGGAGGCAAAGGAAGAAGACUCUGCUGGUGGCCAUAGACCGAGUCUGCCCAGAAAGUGCUUCUCUCCUUGCUCACCCUCGGGUCUUGGCCGAUUCGUUUCCUGGCAGUGCCCCUUACGAGGGUUACAACUAUGGCUCCUUCGACAAUGGUUCCGGAUCCACUGACGGGCUGGUUGAAAGCACAGGUUCAGGAGACCUCUCUUACAGUUACCAGGGGCACGACCAGUUCAAGCGGCGCCUUCCCUCUGGCCAGAUGCGGCAGCUGUGCAUUGCCAUGGACCGAUCCUUUGACCCGGUGGGUGCUCGGCCACGAUUGGACUCCAUGAGCUCUGUGGAAGAGGAUGACUAUGAUACAUUGACCGACAUUGAUUCAGACAAAAAUGUUAUUCGUACCAAGCAAUAUCUCUGCGUGGCUGAUCUGGCACGAAAGGACAAACGUGUUUUGCGGAAAAAGUACCAGAUUUACUUCUGGAACAUAGCCACCAUUGCGGUCUUCUACGCUCUUCCUGUGGUGCAGCUGGUGAUCACCUACCAGACGGUGGUGAAUGUCACAGGGAACCAGGACAUCUGCUACUACAACUUCCUCUGUGCCCACCCACUGGGCAACCUCAGCGCUUUCAACAACAUCCUCAGCAAUCUGGGGUACAUCCUGCUGGGGCUGCUCUUCCUGCUCAUCAUUCUGCAGCGAGAGAUCAAUCACAACCGGGCCCUGAUGCGAAAUGACCUCUAUGCUCUGGAGUGUGGAAUCCCCAAACACUUUGGUCUGUUCUAUGCCAUGGGCACAGCGCUGAUGAUGGAGGGGCUGCUUAGUGCUUGUUACCACGUCUGCCCCAACUACACCAACUUCCAGUUUGACACCUCCUUCAUGUACAUGAUUGCCGGCCUCUGCAUGCUGAAACUCUACCAGAAGCGGCACCCAGACAUCAACGCCAGCGCCUACAGCGCAUAUGCCUGCUUGGCCAUCGUCAUCUUCUUCUCCGUUCUGGGAGUGGUUUUUGGCAAAGGGAACACGGCCUUCUGGAUCGUCUUCUCAGUCAUCCAUAUCAUUUCCACGCUGCUCCUCAGCACACAGCUCUAUUACAUGGGCCGCUGGAAGCUGGACUCGGGGAUCUUCCGCCGCAUCCUCCAUGUGCUCUACACAGACUGCAUCCGCCAAUGCAGUGGCCCCCUUUAUACGGACCGCAUGGUACUUCUGGUCAUGGGCAACAUUAUCAACUGGUCUCUGGCUGCAUAUGGACUCAUCAUGCGCCCCAAUGACUUCGCCUCCUACCUGCUGGCGAUUGGCAUCUGCAACCUGCUGCUUUAUUUUGCCUUUUACAUCAUUAUGAAGCUCCGAAGUGGAGAGAGGAUAAAGCUCAUCCCCCUCCUUUGCAUCAUCUGCACCUCCGUGGUCUGGGGCUUUGCGCUUUUCUUCUUCUUCCAGGGACUCAGCACGUGGCAGAAAACCCCCGCAGAGUCCAGGGAACACAACCGUGACUGCAUCCUGCUUGACUUCUUUGAUGACCACGACAUCUGGCACUUCCUGUCCUCCAUUGCCAUGUUUGGGUCCUUCCUGGUUUUGCUGACAUUGGAUGAUGACUUAGACACAGUACAGCGGGACAAGAUCUACGUCUUCUAGCAGCAGCCUAGGACCCAGGCUUCCCCUCCGGGGCCCCCGAGCGCCUCUGCAUCACCUGCCAGCUGCCACCAUAGCACCAAGGGUGUGAGCUCCAGCUGUGCUGCCCAGCAUUGGAUGGCGUGGCAGGACUUGGAGAUUCCAGCCCAGGCCUGACUCAGGACGGUUACUGGCGGCAGCAUUGAGCCUGGCCGUCACCUCUGCUGUGGCAGAGGCCUGCCCCCAUUCCCCAAACACUGGCCAAAUUGCUGCUUUCUCUCUCAGUGUUGGGUCCUCCCCAGGACCCUUGUCCGUCCAUCUGUCUUGUCUGUGCACUGGCUCCUCCAUCUGUCCCUGUGGAGAAGGAAGGUAGGAGGGCAAUGCCCUGGCCCAUUUCAGGCCUUGCGUCCUCCCCAGCCCCUCCCUCCUCUCAGCCUAGGACCCACAGCUAGCCCUUCCUCCCAUGCUCUGCUCUGGGACUCUAGUCUGGUGCCUGAUUCUCUGUCCAGCACCAGGACCUCUCUGGGUCUGCAGCUGGCUGCUAUCACUGCCCACUCUGGCCUGUCAGGGAUGCAGGUAGGAGACAUUGGGGGCUGGCCAGCUGGUGCCAGGUUUAUGGUGCUAAGGCCUGCAAGGGCCUAGGUACGACCCUCCUCCCUCUGACCUGUGCUUGGAGCUGGCUCUUGAGCAGUGAGAGUCAGUUCAGUGUGAGUCUGAUCUGGGGGGCUGAAUUCAGAGGUCAUGCCCUGAUCCCACCAGCCAGCAGAAUGAUGCCAGCACCAGGGUUGGUGGGAAGUGGCAACUCACUGUCCCCUUCUGCACCCACAGUCCUGCCAAGCCCCAGCUGGGGUCCUCUCAGUGCCAUUGACACUGCCCAAGAAUGUACAGAGGCCAUGGAGGAAUGGUGCCAAGCACACAGCCCCCUUUUGCCUCUUUCAAGGGAGCAGGAGCCCCAGUGCCUGUUUUAGAAGGGGGCGGGGCCUGCCAGGUCCCUGUAUGUCCCUGGCCCUGCCUCACUACAGGACUCAGGGCUGGCUUCUGAGUUUCCGUCCAGUAUUUAGCCAAGUUCUGUGUUAGUCACAUGGGCCUAAGAGCCUUGGUGUUUACAUGGAGUCACCCAGCUCUGGGCCCUGGCCACUCUGGGCCCUGGCUCUGUUUCACUCCACUGAGUCCAGAUGCCAAGGGGGUUGGGGUCCGGGAAUGUAUUUCAUUCUCUCCACCAUGUUUUUAUAGCUCUUGGGCUGGGAGAAGAGGCAGGUCUGGGUCUUUGUUUCAGAGCUCUGUUCUGUGUCUCCAUGCUAUGGUUGCAAUUCUGUUUCUAUGAAUGAGUGCAUUCAAUAAAGACAACCAGACCUGGGA